ACGGAGAAGGCUGUGGCCUUCACCCGGCGGCUGCGAGCUGAGCCGCAGUUCCUGCUGGCCCAGAACGUGGCGACAUGCAACGACCCGCUGGAGGUGUGUCUGCAGCGGCAGGUGGUGCAGGACACCGUGCAGGUGUUCCAGCACGCUGUGCCCGCCGAGGGCAAACCUGUCACCAACCAGAAGAACUCUGGGAGGUGCUGGAUCUUUUCCUGCCUCAAUGCAAUGCGUCUUCCUUUCAUGAAGAAGUACAACAUCGAAGAGUUUGAGUUCAGCCAGUCCUAUCUCUUUUUCUGGGAUAAGGUUGAGCGUUGUUACUACUUUUUAAAUGCUUUUGUGGAAACAGCUCAGAAGAAGGAGCCUGUGGAAGGAAGACUGGUACAAUUCCUGCUCUCCAACCCCACCAAUGAUGGUGGACAGUGGGAUAUGUUGGUUAACAUUAUUGAAAAAUACGGUGUUGUCCCCAAGAAAUACUUCCCAGAGUCUCAUACCACAGAGGCUACUAGAAGGAUGAAUGAGAUCUUGAAUCAUAAGAUGAGAGAAUACUGUCUGAGGCUAAGGAACAUGGUGGAGAGUGGAACAAGUAAAGGAGAACUUUGUGCUGCAAUGGACAUCAUGAUAGAAGAGGUGUUCAGAAUAGUGAGUACUUGCCUGGGCAGCCCUCCGGAGACUUUCUGCUGGGAAUUCCGGGAUAAGGAGAAGAGCUACCACAAAUAUGGCCCUCUGACACCUGUGCAGUUCUACAAUGAGCAUGUGAAGCCUUACUUCAACAUGGAGGACAAGAUUUGCCUGGUGAAUGAUCCUCGGCCUGAGAAUCCCUACAACAGGCUGUACACAGUGGAGUACCUGGGAAACAUGGCUGGAGGCAGGAAAACACUCUACAACAACCAACCUGUGGAGGUCCUGAAGAAAUUAGCUGCAGCCUCUAUUAAGGAUGGAGAGGCUGUGUGGUUUGGCUGUGAUGUGGCAAAGCACUUCUAUGGCAAACUGGGAAUCAAUGACCUGAAUAUAUUCAACCACGAGCUGGUGUUUGGGGUCUCCAUCAAGAACAUGAACAAAGCAGAGCGACUGAUCUUCGGGGAGUCGAUGAUGACCCAUGCCAUGGUCCUGACAGCUGUCACUGAGAAGGAAGGGCAAGAAGAUGCAUUUGAAAAAUGGAGAGUGGAAAACUCCUGGGGUGAAGACCGUGGGAAUAAAGGUUACCUGAUCAUGACUGACGAUUGGUUCUCCGAGUACGUGUACGAGGUGGUGGUGGACAAGAAGUAUGUGCCAGAUGACAUCUUGGCCGUGAUGCAGCAGGAGCCAAUUGUUCUGCCAGCCUGGGACCCCAUGGGAGCUUUAGCCAAGUGAACUACAGAGUAUUUGCCUCUUAAUGGUCAUCAGAAGUAGAUGCAAUAGAGAAUUCCAGUGGUCGGAAGCCAUAGCCAAACGAUAACGUGACCAAGCACUCAGCAUGGUCUGUGUUCUUGAAAUGCAACUUAAGGAUCUUUGGGAAAUAGUGCUCUGCUGACUUGGCUGAAUAAAGCCCUCACACAGGCUACUCCAAAA